UUCCCUCGCUGGCCACGCUCAACGAAACACCGCAGUGAACCCCCGACAGGCAAAUCGACGGCGGCGAGGCGGCGAUCGCGCCACUAUAGAGCGAUUCGACGUUGGAAGAAAAAAACGGCGACUCCGCUCAGCUGCUUCUACAGAGACGACGCCACCUGACAUCGCCCGGAGCUGUCAACUGCACGACCUCGACAACGUUGCGCGGCAGAAGUCUACGGUGAUCCAUCCGCGCCUAGCGGGAUCCUUCGUGGAAGAAUCGCCCUCAGGAAGGACGUCGUCUUCGUUGGAGCGUUCGCCGCCGCCUCACUUCGUCCAGUGGGGGUGGACCGUUGCGGAGGACUCGGCGGCGCGUUCGCUCGAGCCGCGUGUGGAGCGACGGUGUCUGGGCGUCGACGGACGUAGGGUGGCGGCGAAGACCACGAGCCCGAUGACCGUGGACCUGUCGCCGGGCCAGCAGCAGUCCAAGUGCUCGCGGCAGCAGCACGACGGCGACGCGAUGCCCGGCGGACCGGCGCCCCCGUCCUUUCUCAUCCGCGACAUCCUGAGCGAGUCGGGAGCCCAGGGGGCCGCGGCGGCGGCCGCUGCGGCCGCUGCAGCCGCCGCCAGCCUGGCUGCGGCGCAGGGACUCGUACACAUGCCGUUCGGACAGCACCACCCGCUUCACCCGAUGGCGCACCACCACCUGCCCAGGCCGCCGAGUCCGGCGGACAGCUACUCGAGACACUCGGACCGCGACGACGGCCACGGGAGCGAGUCCCCGGAACGGACGCUCGAGUCGCCCCCUGGAGGCGGCGGCGGGGGUGGCGGUGGUGGCGUGUGCUCGCUGAAGAUGAAGAAGCAGCGCAAGGCGCGCACCGCCUUCACGGACCACCAGCUGCAGACCCUGGAGAAGAGUUUCGAGCGCCAGAAGUACCUCAGCGUGCAGGACCGCAUGGAACUGGCCGCCAAGCUCAACCUCACCGACACACAGGUCAAGACGUGGUACCAGAACAGAAGGACGAAAUGGAAGCGCCAGACGGCCGUGGGUCUCGAGCUGCUGGCGGAGGCCGGAAACUACGCCGCCGUGCAGCGAAUGCUCCAGACGGCCCCGUACUGGUUGUCCAGCUACACGGGCCUGUCACCGCAGUCCUCGCUAAGCACUAUGGCCGCGUUGGACCUCUACUACCGGCAGGCCGCUCUGCAGAAGCCCAUGGCGUACCGGCUCUACCCGGGCGUUCCGCCACCGGGGGUUCCGGCCGGGGUCGCUCCACCGCCGGGUGCCGGCGCACCCCCGCCGCCGCCGCCCCAUCACGCCCCUCCUCCUCCGCCGGGCGCCUCGAGCAACGGACUGCCCGCCUCCGUGGCCGUCGUGCCGCCUCAGAUGCCGCCGCCGUGCUCGUCUUCGACGGCGAGCGCUUCGCCGUGCUCGACGGCCAGGCCGUCGUCUCCCGCUGCGCCGUCUCAUCCUCCUCUCCCCACGACGUCGUCGUCCUCUAUGUCGUCCUCGUCGAUGGCCCUGUCGUCUUCGGUGUCAUCUUUCCGGCCGACGAGUAGGGAAUCCUGCUAGAGGAGACCAGCGUCAGUCGCCCGCUCCAUCGCAGGCGUCCCCGCACUGAUGCACCUCCUGCAACCUCCUCCUCGUCCCAAUCCUUUUGUAGAAAGCAGAGAAGAUUCCUCCCACCUUCGACCGUUAUCUUGCUCUUUGAUGCACUACAAGAGAGAGACUGAGAGAGGGGCGGAGAAAAGUGGGAGGGUGGUGAGCUUUCGAAGCGGAAAGUCUAGUCGUUACACCCACGGAAUGCGAACUUUUUACGCUCUCGUUUUUUUUUUUUUUUUUUUUUUUUCCUCAUUUGCUUAGCAAGAGCGAGCAGAACCACCGAUUUGAGCCAUUACCCAAACUUCGGUGUUUUGAAAGCUCUUAGAGGAGGAGCUUCUUGCGCGAUUCAUUUUACCGGCGGGUCAAUUUUUUCCGCGGAUGAGAGGCUUUGCGCAACGGACAGUAAGUUGGUGCGCACCGGCUUGUCAAGUGAUACUUGCGGAAAUGUUAUUCUGUCACUCGACAACUUACUGCGCGGGUCAAUUUGGUGCCACUGGCGCGAAGAUUUUAAGCCGGGAGUAGAUUUACCGACGGGCAUAAGAUAAUUCGUGCAAGCGGCAUAGUAGUGCAGCAGAGUUGUAAAUUCUACUGCAUUUGAAUUUCCCGUGUAAGCAUCACGGUGCUUGUGAAGAAAGAGUAAUAUGGAGGCGUAUGGUUAAGGGCAUGACACGUUACGUGGGACUGUAUUUCCGCAGGGGUGUUUAGACCAAAGUCAAACUUUAGGACGAACGCCUUUACUGUUCGGUGGCUCUAUCUCACGCAUCGACCAUUGCUAAUUUUGUUUUUUUCAAUCGAGUACGAACUCCCACCAUCUGCACCUUCCUUUAGCAACGCAGUCUGCCAAGGAAGCUGUUACGAGAUGGUAACAGUGUCGGUUUCUUGCGACCCGGCUGAAACAGCAUUCUUGCGAACACACCUUUGCGUAUCUUGUCCAGGUGUAUAGAUUGGCGGCGCACUUCAGUCGCGAGUGAACGUGUUGAAAUUAAGCGAAAAGAUACGUUGCGUUCCGAUGUCAGUGUCUAUAGCAUGGCUAUGGCCGACGUGUAACUUCUAACGCAUUCCACGCUGGAGGGCAAUCUUCUCGCGUUGUGUAAAUAACCGAAAGAGGGAAAAAGCUAUAGGAAAUUCGGUAGUGGAUAUGACGACUCGCCGGAAGCAGCUUGGUAUUAAAUGGCGCGAGCCGGACUUGUUUACGAGUGCGAUACCUGUUGGCUGAGAACUGUGUGCCGCGAAGGCCGGUGCCGUGCUUCGAACUCGUAGAGCUCUUUGGAACAGUCUCGUGAAAACACUGAGUGCGUGCAAGAACUGAAGAAGACAAAGGCUGUCUUAUAAGAUGGCGCCAACGGACAGCAAUGCCCUCGGCAGCGACGUUGGCUGACGUGAACCCAUUUCAAGCGGCAUUCCUGACCAUCCACCGUCAGUUCGACCGACCUCUGACGAGACCACCGCAUUACGAACGCAGCUGCAAUUGUUCUUUCGCCGUACUGCUUUUGUUGCAUUUUUUGUUUCCUCCUCCGACGUGAGGUCGCGUCAAGGUGUGCUGUGCGCUCUUGAACAGUCGCGCACGUUUCGCGAAAGUGACUGUGGACGAUGCGGGAAAAGAAUCGUGUGCCGUUAUCCUCGUGUGACAUUGUGAAUGGAAGCUCGGGUGUACGGCGCACCAGAACGCGCCCUGUGUAAUAUAAGUUUGUAAUCUCGCGUAGAUAUGGCAAUAAAAAAAAUGCU